AUGGCGGGGGGUCUCGACGUGCAUAAGAACAAGUACAUCGAGGAUUGGGGCACGCGGCGCGAGAACCUCGAGAAGAUCUUUCGCUUCAACCGUCGCACGCUCUCGAUCGCGGCGCUCGCAAUCGUCGUCCUCCCCGUUGUCGUGUACCGAGGCACCAUCGCAGAAUUCAGGAAGCAAGAGGAACUGGAAGGCCGACCGCAGCGCAAGUUCAUGUAG